UAUGAACUAAGCUUUUGAUAAACUACUGUUAAUCAUGAUCUAAGCUUUUGAUAAAAGCUUUCAACUUUCAAUUAUUGUCAAACCUCACUGAUCUAGUAAAGUAGGUAAUUUUUUUUAAUAAUGUGCUUCGACUCCUCCAUCACCCACACGGCGGAGGCUGAGUACGCGACGGCUAAAACGUCGGUCUGGUGGGACAUCGAGAACUGCCCUGUCCCCAAGGGCUGGGAUGCUCAUAGCAUAGCUCAGAAACUGAACUCAGCACUGGUGAACUUGAACUACCGUGGUCCUCUCACCAUCACUGCUUAUGGAAACACAGAACUCAUCCCUAAACCUGUUCAGCAAGCUCUCUCCUCCGCCGGAAUCUCUCUUAACCACGUCCCCUCCGGAAGGAAAGACGCGAGUGACAAGAAGAUUCUGGUUGAUAUGUUUUUGUGGGUGUUGGAGAAUCCUGCUCCAGCUAACUUGAUGCUUAUCUCCGGUGACGGAGACUUCUCUUAUGCUCUUAACCGUCUGCGGAUGUUGAGAUACAACAUUCUUCUCGCCCACCCUCUUCAAGCUUCACCUUUCUUGGUUGCUUCUGCAAGGACCUCGUGGAUGUGGAGAAGCUUAAUUGCAACUGGUUGUCAUUCCUCACCAAGUUGUUGCUCCUUUGGUUCUAAAAUAUCCAGCCAAGAUGUUUCCGAACAUGCUUUGUCCACACAACCAAUGGAUUCAGGGUCUGGUUCUAGCAAGGCUGCGCGAAAGAAACUGAAAGAUGUCCUGAAAGAGCUAAAUCAACAGGAGACAAAUAGAACGACGCUUCAGAAGAAGUGCAGUGAGGCUGGUGAAUCCGAAUCGUUAUGCAAUGUUGCUUGCAAAAGCAUUGAAGUUUUCCCUACGGGCAAAGAACAUGCAGCUCAGUGGGAGCUGAAGCAAAACCUUGAGCCUGAAAACAUAGCUGCAGCAUCAAGUGGGUGUCAUGAGCAAGACACGGAGAUAACGAAUAAGGUGGUUGAAGCAGGAGUUGAGAUGUUUGCACUUUGCGGUUCGCCCAGUGUGGUGACGAAGCAAGCAGAGGCUCUCGUUGAUGCUAAAGACAUUGAAGAAAAUGUUCAAGACAGUGACCUGAAGUCUCGGGAUGCCCAAGAGUCUGAAAAGAGUGGAAGAGAGUUCUGGCAUGAUUUUAAAGCAAGGCUGGACAAGAGUGGUGUAGCUCCUCUCAAUGUAGAUCAUGUUUUCAGUGAACUAAGCCGCGACUUUCACGUGCCCAAAGAAGUGAGGGAGUGUUUUGAAGCAAUCUUCAAGAAGCUAGAACCUACGCAAAAUGACAUUGAAAUCGAGAAGUUGGAGAGCAUGCUCAAACAAGGCUUGGAAAUAGAAUCAGGUGAGCCAGAGAAUAAUGCACCUGCAGAACCGAUUGAGAAUCUCGAAGGGGACAUGACCAAGAAGAAGAGUACAGUGAUUGAAUACAAAUAUGAACCAUAUGUUUGCAAUAUUUGCAAUGUCGUUUGUGCACAUCCUUCCGUGUUCGAGUCUCACCAUAAGGGCCGGAAGCAUGCUGCUAAGAUUAAAAAGCAGGCAGAUGCUCUGCUUGAUAAUAAGCAAAUACAAGAUGAAGUCAUUCAAGAUAACGGUCUCACAAAGGAGCUCCAAAUCAAGCCUGUAAAGGCACCUGAGAACAUGGACUACUUAGAUGACCAAAGACAGGAGCUGAGAGAGGGAUGUGAUGAAGAAAAAUUUCAAACUAUUGAAGAAGUAGGAGAGAGUGAUUACAAAUCUCUUCCAAAUGCAGAGUGUCUCUUCACCGAACUAAACCCUGAGUUGUCUCCCUCUAAAGAAUCUAGAGAAUGUAUUGAUGCCAUUUUCAAGAAACCAGAACUUUCACAAGAUGCAAACUCAAACCGGGAGUUUGCGAAUAUACCAAACGAGAACCUGGAAAUGAACUCAAGCGAUCCUGAAUGUAGCUCUGCAGGAGCCGCUGAGCCCCCAGAGGAGUACAUGGACAUGAAGAAGGAGAAGGUGACUAAAGAUAAAAAAGCUGAGCUUAAAGCAUAUGUAUGUAGUAUUUGCAGUGUGAUCUGCCUUUCUCCAACUGUCUUUGAGGCUCACCUGAUGGGCCGAAAGCACGCUAAAGGGGUAAAGAAACACGCAGAGGUUCUCUUUGAUGAUAAAAAGAUUCUGGAACAGAGUCUUGAAGAGAAAGAUCAUCCAAGAGACGCGUUGGAAGAGCUAGAGAUUGAGCCUAAGGACGCACAAGUGAGCAUCAAAGAAGUUACUCAAAUCAGUAAAGCACGAGUAGAUAAUAAAGAUAGUGAACAGAUUCUGAGUGUUGAGUUUGCAGAACCCAAAGAAGCGAGUGGCCCUUCUCUUUGUCUAAGCAGCAGAGAGCGAUUUGACUCGCUGGUUGAGUCUGAAAACGCAUCUGAAGGUGUGGAGGAGGAGGUGGUGAGGACAGGGAAGGAGAAUGGAGUUGCAGCAGAUCAAGUUAGGGUUUGUGAUUGGUGCAAUGUGAUGUGCAAUACCCAAAUGGAUUUUGAUUCACAUCAUGCUGCCACUUUGAGAAAGCAUGUUCCUCUGGUGAAGAAGGAAGUUGCCGUGGUGUAGAAGCAAGCUGGGACCAAACCUGCUUAUGUUAGAAAGAAUGGGCCGGGCCUUUAGCUCACGGUAUCCAUUGUCAUGUGAUGACUAACAAAAGUGUAAUUAACGGACCUCUUAAGGUUCAUUAAGAUGUGGCCUAUUUAAAUAAAUAUUGCCCAUGACUCUCAAAGAAAUAAAUGAAUGGGUCAACAAAACAAAUGGGUUUAUUUGUAUUAUUAAUCAAAAUAGACUAGUAAAAGUUUUUGACUAACGUAAUCCAGCUUUUGACUAACAUA